AUGUGGGGAAAUACCUGGAUAUGCUUGGGUGAUGGUGGAGUUGCCAUUCGCAUUCUGCGUUCUGCAAGAGAAUUAGGAUGGGAUACCGUCGCUAUAUACAUAGACGACGAUGCUAGCCACGCAGGUUUCGCGGACGAAGCAGUCAAACUCAACAGCGUCUCCGACUUCAUGAACGUCGAAAGCAUCGUCAAUGCUGCUAUACAAACCCAGUCGACGCACUUGCAUCCAGGCUAUGGCUUCCUGAGCGAGAACCCGGCAUUACCGAUUGCUCUCUCCCAGGCGACCAACGGUUCUGAGCCUGUAUUUUUCAUUGGUCCAGCUCCAGACACUCUUCGCAUCGCGUCGGACAAGAUGCUCUCGCGCGACCUUGCGACGUCGCUGAAUGUGAACAUUGCCCCCGGGAUGCGGGUCUCCUCCGCGUCCCAUGUUCGUUCAUUUGCGAAGGCAGCAGGUGUCGGGUAUCCAGUGAUGAUCAAGGCUCUGGACGGUGGAGGAGGAAGGGGGAUUCGGGUUGUCGAAUGGGAGGAAGGUGUCGAGGAGGCGUUCAAACGAUGUCUUGGAGAGAGCCCCUCAAAGCAGGUGUUUGCAGAGAAGGCGUUUACAGGACCUGGCUGGAAGCAUGUUGAAGUGCAAAUAAUUGGCGAUGGGACAGGAGCGGUAAACCAUUUCUGGGAACGGCAAUGCAGCGUCCAGCGCAGGUUCCAAAAGGUUGUCGAAAUGGCGCCUUCACGGCUCUCACGAAAGGCGGUCCAACCUUUGAUCGACGCAUCUCUGAAGCUCGCCAGCCAUCUGAAAUACAAAGGGCUUGGAACUUUUGAAUACCUCGUAAAUGCGAAUACAAACACCUGGAUCUUCCUGGAAAUUAACCCUCGAGUGCAAGUCGAGCAUACGAUUACAGAGGAAGUAACGGACGUCGACCUCGUUCGCGCACAGCUCCUUCUCUUUUCAUCUCCUGGAUCUUCUUUGGCGUCUCUAUCUUUGUCGAACCCGCCACCUCCGCCAGCAUCGUUUGCAGUUCAACUUCGAUUGACUGCUGAAGAUCCUGCUCGUGGGUUCCAGCUCGCACCUGGAACGAUAUCUUCAAGUGAAAUUGUCUGGCCUCAAGGAAGAGGCAUCCGCAUAGACACAUGGCUCUCACAAGGACCGGGGGCUGGCAGCGAAGGCGAAGCCAAAUGGACAGUUGGCACCGACCUCGACUCGUUACUGGCGAAAAUUAUCGUUCGUGGGAGCUCAUUCGAAGAAAUGAACCAAAAGGCGCGGCGUGCGCUGCGGGAGUUGCGUGUUGAUAGCCAGGCAGUGAAGACGAAUGCAGCUGUCCUCGCAGGCGUCCUGGACCACCCCAACUGGGUCUCUGGCGCGAUCGACACUUUGUGGCUGGAGAGAAACCUCCCUUCAGUGUUAGAAUUAGGCGAGGAAGCCGUCAGACAAAGAACGAAGACGAAAGGCCUUGACAACAACCAGAAGAAGACCGUUUCGAGCAGUGCAGCCGUUGGUUCAGGAACGACGCAGUUGCAGCCCGGGUCCUUGUUCCACCUGUCUCUGUCUGGAGACUCUCGGGCGUCAACGAAGCAUACUGUUACCUUAUCCUCGAUUGCGAUGAACGCGUUCCCUGAGAAGCUAUCUGGAACGUUGCAGUCGUCUUUCUUCCCUGGAUCGACCACGCCCCUAUCAUUCGAGUUCACACAGUCGACAAGCGCAGCUGUCUCAUCAGGAGACUUUGAACUCGCAGACCCGAACGACAAGUCGCAUGUCGCAGCACCGAUGACGGGCAAGGUCGUGGAAGUGCAUCCGGCAAUCCUUGCUUCAGGAGACGACAAGGAGACAAGGCGCGUGAGGAAAGGCGAACCCCUCUUGGUAUUGAGUGUGAUGAAGAUGGAGAACGUCAUCGUGGCACCAUCAGAUGGGUAUGUCGUGCGUGCUGGGCGUGGAUUGCGGGUUGGUGUUGUGUUUGGAGAGGGUAUGUUGGUUUGCGCCUUGGAUGCGGGGAGAAUUAGCAAUAAAUUGUAA